UCCUUACUGUACAUUCCUCCAGCCUCUGCUCACAUCACGUUUCCACUCUUCGUCGCUGCUUUUUGACGUUAAAGUUUCGACUUCCUGUUUAUUAAAUCCCGACAAAGACGGUGGGAAGUUGAGUGAGUGCAUUCUUGUCCGUUACGUACCGUUAUUACCGUUGGACAGCAGCUGGGAGACAAUAGUGGGACGUUUACGUCGCGGUGUUGUGGAGGCUGAGCUCUGUACCGAUGCCAGCGGACUUUCGGUGGUCGCAGUCGGACUUUUUCGGACUAAAAUUAAAGGCUGAAAUGUGAUAAAUGUGAUGGUUAACCGUGGUCGAAAGUUUUUCCCCACUUCAGGACUAAUGGACCAAUCAGAGGAGGAGCUGCAGCAGAUCGCCACAUGGUUCACUGAGGAGAGACUCGCUCCUGACUCCCCUAGGGAGGCUCAGCUGUGUUUGCUAUGGAGGGCUCUCCAGCGCACAAGAAGCCGUCUGAACAGUGUGAAAUGGGACCUGGACACCCAGCGCUCCCAACACUUAGCAGAGAUGGCAGAGGUACGCAAGUCCUUGGAGCAGAUCCGGAUCUUUACGGAGCACAAAGAUGUUUUAGCUCAGGAGAUACAAGACGAAAACGACCAGCUCAAUAGCCAGCUGCAACGUCUAAUAUCCCUUCAAGAUGCCCAGAUAAGUGAGGUGGCUAAGAUGCUGUACCAGCAGGGUCUCACAGAGCUGAUUCACAGCAGCCCCAGUGAGCAGGUGGCCUACCUGCUGGUGGAGAGAGCCUCCUUACUUGAGACGAAUGAGGGUCCUGGCAAUCUAACGGGUGAUGGAAGCACAGCCAGCACACUGGGGACCGAAGCCCAGGCGCUGAACACCACUGCACACCAGUCUUCCCACAAGGGGGCACCACGUCAUAGCCAGAGCCCAUGGAAGAGACUCUUUGGACACAAAGCAUCACAGAGCAAACAUACUUUUAUUCCUACUGAGGCCAGGCACUUGGCCGGCCAGCCAAGCAGCGUGGAGAGGGAGUAUUUCCGUCUGGAGCGGGAUGUGGAGGAGGGCUCCCGCCGGCUGGCCAUGGCCCACAAUGAGAUCCGGCGUUUGAAUGAUGAGUUGGAGUCUGCUCACUUGACCCAAAGAGCUUAUGAGCCUGAGCUGCAGGCAGCCCAGCAGGAGGUAGAGCAACUAAGACAGGAAGUACAAAAACUGAAGAAAUAUGAAAUGGUGGAGCUGCGAAAGGCCAAAGAGCUGAACGAUCGUCUGGACCUUGAGAUCAGAGCCCUGAGGAACAGGGUGCGCACCCUGGAUGCUGAGAAGAGCUCUCUGCAGCAGACGGUGGUGUCUUUGCAAGAGAAGGUGCAGCAGCUGGAGUCCACCCAGCAGGAGCAGCAGCAGCUCCUUGCUGUGCAGGUUCAGGCCAACCAGUCCACAGAGCUGGCUGAAGUGGUGUCGCUGCAGAGGGAGGUGGAGCGGCCGGAGUCAGCCCUGCAGGAGCUGCAGCAGCAGGCUGAGCAGGUUCAGGCCAGCCAGGUCAAUGAGUUAGCUAAAUGUCAAGCAGCAGAGCUAGCACAGAGCAACCAGACCUGCAGACACUUACAGGAGGAGCUCACUGCUCAGACGAGACGCCUUUUAGGAAAGGAGGAAACUGUGGUGUCUCUGCAGAGAGAGGUGGAGCGGCUGGAGUCAGCCCUGCAGGAGCAGCAGCAGCAGGCUGAGCAGCAGCUCCUCACUGUGCAGGCUCGGGCCAACCAGGCUAAUGAGUUAGUCAAAUCCCAGGCAGCUGAAUUGAUUCAGAGCAAUGAGAUCUGCAGAGAUUUACAAAACAAGCUCAGCACUCAGUCCAGAUGCCUGCUCAACACAGAGUCAAAAAUACAUUCCCUCAAGCAGCAGCUGGAUCCUUCCCAUAAUGAGCUGGAUAAUCUUGUAGCUACCAUCUGCGCCAAAGAAAAUGAUUUUCAGCAACAAAAGUUGCAGAAGCAAAAAGAGACAGAUUUGCAGCAUUGUGAAAACACUCACUGUCAGCAAGACGAUAAAGAACUACAGCUGCUGCAGAAGGAAGAGAACACACUGCGGAAGGAGUGUCCUGAUUAUCAAGACGCAGUGAAGGCUCUAUUGGCCACCCAAGAUGAGUGCGAGACACUCAAGAAGGAGAUCUGUGACACCCUUAAAUGCCUCGACAAAGAGCGGAGUAAAUACCACGAAAUGAAGGAAAAGCACAAGGCCAAGCUGUGUCGAGCCAAACAGAAAUAUGACGAUGAAACCAAAUGGCGUGACGAGAAGAUACAAAAUCUAGAGCGAGAACUGUCCUUGUGUUCCCAUUCAGUAGCAAAGGAAAAGGAGCUUACCAUAAGUAUCACUGUGGAAAAUGAGAAACUACUUGUUGAGAGGAGAAGGCUCCUGCAACAGCUAGAUGAGGAGGAGCGCAACAAGAAAGCCAGUAAUCUAACAGCCUCUUUGUCCAAAUGCAGGGUGGAUUUUCUGGAGAUGGAAAACAAGAAACUAGGAAACAGAAUACUCCACAUGUCCAAUCAGCUAGCAGUUGUGGAACGCAGCCUGCAAAACAUGCAGUCACUCCACUUUGCUGAGGAACUGAAGAAAACAUCUAAUCUUAUGCAGGUUUUCAAAUCCCUCCCUGUACAAACUUCAAGUGUGAAGAUGCCUGAGCCGUCUGAAGUUCAGAGCCUCUUGGACAACACUCAGAGCAAGCAGACAGACGUGACUUCCUCCCCUCAUCAUUCGAUCUCUGGGCCCCUGUCUCGAUCGGCAGAGAUGGGCUACCUGAAUCUGACCUCAGCUCAGAGAAAGUCAGACCACUCUGCUCCCUCGGCUGCCCUCAGCAGCUCAGACAGUAUGUGUUCCUGAGACUUCCUGUCGAUCUGCAACAUGAAUAUACUGUACAGAGAUGAUUUUAUUUGUAAGAAAAUUAAAUUAAUGAUCAAAA